GACUGGAUCCUGGAGACAGUGAGCGGGACUGGAAACUAGGAAGAGUUUGGGAAUUAUGAAGAGGGAGAGAGAGGGAGACUGGGAAUUAAGAAGAGGGAGAAAGAGGGAGGGACUGGGAAUUAAGAGGGAGAGAGAGGGAGACUGGGAAUUAACAAGAGGGACAGAGAGAGGGACUGACUGGGAAUUAAGAAGAAGGAGAGAAAGUGACUGGGAAUUAUGAAGAGGGAGAGACGGACUGGGAAUUAGGGAGAGAGAAAGAGGAACUGGGAAUCAGGAAGAGAGAAAGGGUACUGGGAAUUAGGAAGAGGGGGAGAGAGAGAGAGUGAGAUGAUCUGGGAAUUACGGAGGGUAAUAGAAUGAGAGAGAGAGAGGAUCUGGGAAUUAUGAAGAGAGAGAGAGAGAGAGAGAGACACCCGGAACUAGGAAGAGGGGAAGCAGUGCACGGAGCUUCAUUAAUUCUUGCUGGAAAGGCUGGAGGUGGCUUCAGUGCCAGGAACACCCUGCUCGCUGUGUGACGGUGCGCUGCAGUGAGACCCUUCUUCGGCGACAGAGACACUCCCCACAGUCUGCCUGCCUGGGACUGUUACAGUUAACCUGAUGCCAUAUUCCAAUCCCUGAAUGACUAUCAGAUGUUGCUGAGCACGGUGUGCAGGUGUGGCACAGAUGUGUCGGAGAACCUGUAGAGACUGCUUGAGAAGUGUGUGUGAAGCCUGAAGAUCCUGAGCAUUGGGCUGUUCCGUACUGUGAAGCACUGAAGGCGUUCUUCCUCCCUGCCUCCAGGGGGCAAAGGCUAUUGGCACAAUGCAGAGUCCCCUGCGCUCCGAGUUGGACCACGGUCAACGGCCCUAAUCGGCAUCUCCUGGUCAAGAUGGGUGACGGGAGCUGGGAAUGCUUGAGCCCAGCCGAGUUCAACCAGCUGCAGCAGUACAGCGAAUAUUCCACAAAGAACCUAAAAGAUGUGCUGGAGGAGUUUCAUGGAGAUGGUGUGCUUGCCAAAUACAACCCCGAGCAGAUGCAAGAUGUUCUCAACCAACCCAUCGACUAUGAGGGCUUCCAGCUCUUCAUGGCCACGUACCUUGAGAACGACAUCCCUGAGGAGUUGUGCCGGCACCUCUUCACUUCCUUCAAGAGCAAGACAGGAUCAGCCCCAUCUGAGGCUCCUCCUGCACGGGCUGGGGUCCUAGAGUCCAAGACGAUCGAUGCCGGGAUCUCCAUACAGACAGAAGUGGCCUGCGCUGCUGUUACAGGAAUGAAUGGAAAGAGCAUUCUAGCUGCCAUGGGCCGUCACGUAUCUGAACAGGCAUCUAUCGUGGCAACGGGUCAAGCACCCGCCACCUCCCAGCCCUGUGGCACAGACGCCCCCUUCUGGUCACCCAGCUGCCGAGACAAAUCCUCUGGGGCUGAGAAAAACAUCCCAACGGCUUCUAAGUUCAAUGGCACCACGUUCCUCCUGAUGCCAGAACAGAGCCAGGCGGAAAAGCCCUCAUCACAGAGCGGGAGCCCGUCGUCACAAAAGGACACCGCUGUAUCCGCACCCCAGGUGGUCCUCCUGAAGGACAUUGUGUGCUACCUGUCCUUGCUGGAGAGAGGGACGCCGGAAGACAAACUGGAGUUCAUGUUCCGGCUCUACGACACGGACGGCAAUGGUCUGCUUGACAGCUCGGAGCUGGAUCGCAUCAUCAACCAGAUGGUCCAUGUGGCAGAAUACCUGGAGUGGGACUCUACUGAGCUGCGGCCGAUUCUGAAGGAAAUGAUGGAGGAGAUUGACUACGACCAUGAUGGGACCGUGACACUGGAGGAAUGGAUCAGAGGAGGCAUGACCACCAUCCCACUGCUGGUGUUACUUGGAAUGGAGACAAAUAUGCAGGAGGAUGGUCAGCAUGUAUGGCGCCUCAAGCACUUCAACAAGCCGGCAUACUGUAACUACUGCCACGCCAUGCUGCUGGGGGUGCGCAAGCAGGGCCUCAGCUGCUCCUUAUGCAAGUACACGGUCCAUGAGCGCUGUGUUUCCAAGGACAUCGCUGCCUGCAUCAGCACCUACGCCAAGUCACGCCGGGAUACAGCUGUAACGCAGCACGUGUGGAUGGAAGGCAACUCAGCCACCAAAUGUGACCGCUGCCACCGGAGCAUCAAGUGUUAUCAGGGCCUGACCGGACUGCACUGUGUGUGGUGCCACGUCACUCUCCACAACCGGUGUGCAUCAAGCGUGAAGCCGGAGUGCGACGGGGGGGCGUUGAGGGACCACACCCUGCUACCUUCCUAUAUCUGUCCUGUGGUGCUGGAACGCCAUUCUGGCAUGAAGCGCCCUGAAAGAGAGUCUCCACCCAGCAUGAGCCCUGAGGACCUCAGCCAGAACUUUAAGUUCACUGGAGAUGGACAAGGACUUCAGAUCACCCCCUUGCAAGGAACACACCCCCUCCUGGUCCUGGUUAAUCCAAAGAGUGGCGGCAGGCAGGGUAAGAGGGUGUUGCGCAAAUUUCAGUACCUCCUGAACCCAAGACAGGUCUACAGUCUGGAUCGAGCUGGACCUACUGCAGGACUGAACUUCUUCCAUGAUGUGCCUGACUUCCGAGUUCUGGCAUGUGGAGGCGACGGGACUGUGGGCUGGAUCUUGGACUGCAUUGACAAGGCCAACCUUGGCAGGCAUCCACCAGUCACAAUCCUGCCCCUGGGCACCGGGAAUGACCUGGCGCGCUGCCUGCGCUGGGGUGGAGGGUACGAGGGUGGCAGCCUGCUCAGAGUCCUGAGGGAUAUUGAGUAUAGCACAGAGGUAAUGUUGGACCGCUGGAACAUUGACAUUGUCCCCAGCAAUAAGGAGGAGAAAGGUGACCCUGUCCCCUAUGGCAUCGUCAACAACUACUUCUCCAUUGGAGUGGAUGCCUCCAUUGCUCACCGGUUCCACCUGAUGAGGGAGAAGCACCCAGAGAAGUUUAACAGCAGGAUGAAGAACAAACUCUGGUAUUUUGAGUUUGGCACCACAGAAACCAUCUCAGCCACAUGCAAGAAGCUGAAUGAGAGUCUGGAGGUAGAGUGUGACGGCAUCCUUCUUGACCUCAGCAGCACUUCGCUGGAGGGGAUCGCAGUCCUCAACAUUCCCAGCAUGCACGGCGGCUCCAACCUGUGGGGUGAGACCAAGAAGAGGAGGAACUACAGCCGCAUGAGCAAAAAGGUGCCAGAAAGGGCGCCGGUGAAUACUGUGACUGAUGCCAAAGAGCUCAAGUUCUGCGUCCAAGAUCUGAGUGACCACCUGCUGGAAGUGGUGGGGCUGGAGGGGGCGAUCGAGAUGGGCCAGAUCUACACAGGGCUGAAGAGCGCCGGCCGCAGGCUGGCUCAGUGCUCCAGCGUCGUCAUCAGGACGUCCCGCCUGAUGCCCAUGCAGAUCGACGGUGAGCCAUGGAUGCAGCCCCCCUGUACGAUACAGAUCACGCACAGGAACCAAGUGCCGAUGCUGUUGGGGCCCCCGCAGAAGACCCCCUUCUUCUUCUUCAGGAGGCGUAACAGAAGUCGAGACUAGCGGAAGAACUGCCAAGGGCAGCCCUGCCUAACAGGCCCAGAGAAUGAUCGCUGCAGGCCCGUACUGCAGGGUACUUGGAUUUUGCCAGGCUCAGCUGCCCAGGCAUGGAAAGACUGAGGAUUGUAUAAGUGACACAGAGAUAUACUAUAGACAACCCCUCCAGCAAUGUUUCCUGUAAACCGCCCUGAGAGGUGUGCCUCUCACACCCUGACCCUAACCACCAUUCUCCAAAACUCCCUGCGUAUUUGCGAGCUCAAAUCCCUUCGACCACUUAUGAAGCAGUUUCUCUUCUCAGCUACCCCUGCCUACUGGUUCCCACAUUCGCUAGGCAACAUAUCAUGCCCUUCAGAUCCACAAUCAUUACCCAGGGUUGGUUUAUAAAUAAAUUGUGCCAUUGCCAUAUUUAACCAGAUGGGCGAGCCAUCUAAUGGUGGCAGUAUGCAUAGUGGUAACAAAGUGGUUUCCCCUCUUUGUAUCCUUUGUGUUGCUUAUGAAAGCAACAUACAUGUACGUAUAUCAGUGUUUCUCCAACUAAUCCUCGGGGACCCUUAGGCAGGGAGCUGGGGGGGAGCAAAAAUGAGGACUGUCUGGCAGGGGGCUGGGAGGGAACAAAAGCAGGGACCAUCUGGGGGUUCCCAAGCCAUCGGGUUGGGAAACACUGACAUAUAUCAACAUGUAUGUUAAGAGCUAAGAUUUGUCUAAUGAGACAAGUGAGUGUGGUUUGAAGGGUACCAUAAAUAAUAGAUGAUAGGAUACAAAACGUCCACUUUAGUCAUCCUUUACAGCUCCAGAACCAUCCAAAGCUCAUCUAUAAUGGAGGAUUUCUUUGUAGGAUAGUGGGCAGAUGGGAAUAUGGGCAAGGAAACAGGCCGCAGGAUCAGUAUGUGCUGGCAGAAAUCAUACCCCUUGUUGCCUUGCUUCACCAGAUGGGGCGCUGCUGAGAAUAUUUUUUUUUUAUCUAAAAAUGAAUGGAUGUGAUCAAGAUGGAGCGGGUGGUCACACAUAUUCCCCAGGUGCAGUUAUUGCAUUUGAGCAUGACCCCAGAACACGACACUGGCCCUCUGAUGAUGUUUCCUUCACCAAGCUAGGGCGAGCGUAGCCCCCUUUCCUGCAGGAGGGAGGCUCCCGCUGUCCAUGGACAUCCCUCGAUUUCUCCUGGACAAUGUGGACCCAGCUUUAGGGCAGUGGUGGGGACUCACCGCUGGUCACCUGAGCCAGCAAUGCACAGUGCAAACACUCAUCACUGGACCAUGUGGACACAGAGCUUUAGGGCAGCAGUGAGAAUUUGUCACUGACCACCUGAGCCAGCAACGCACAGUGCAAACACUCAUUACUGGUGCUCCAGUACCACAGAGAGAGGUUCACAGAAGUGUCCCAUGGGCCUCACUUCAGAGCAACCAGUACUGCAAAAGGCAGCUGUCCGGAGGUAGCAGAGAGGAAUACUCAGUGUACCUGUUUGAUUGUGGAUACUUAGUGUACCUCUCUGAUUGGGGGAUACUCGGUGUAACCUCUCUGAUUGGGGAUACUCAUUGUACCUCUCUAAUUGGGGGAUACUCGGUGUACCUCUCUGAUUGGGGGAUACUCAGUGAAACCUGUCUGAUUGGGGGAUACUCAGUGUACCUCUCUGAUUGGGGGAUACUCAGUGAAACCUGUCUGAUUGGGGGAUACUCAGUGUACCUCUCUGAUUGGGGGAUACUGUGUUAAACUUGUCUGAUUGGGGGACAUUCAGUGUAACCUUUCUGAUUGGGGGUUAUUGGGUGUACCCUGUCUGAUUGGGGGAUACUCAGUGUACCUCUCUGAUUGGGGGAUACUCAAUGUAACCUCUCUGAUUGGGGGAUACUCAGUGAAACCUGUCUGAUUGGGGAUUAUUCAGCGUACCCUCUCUGAUUGGGGGAUACUCAGUGUACCUCUCUGAUUGGGGGAUACUCAAUGUACCCUCUCUGAUUGG